UUUCUUUUUCACUGACUCACUCCAAACCGAAAAUUCAUCCAAAUUUCCUUCUGGGUCGUAUAAAUCAGCACCCAUAAAUUCAAAAUUUAAGUUCUUGGCCAUCAAUACCCAAAAAGGAACGAUAUGAGCUCGGAUACAGCUGUUUCUAGCGGUCAUGGCAGCAUCGAUGAAUAUAUUUCUCAGCUCAUGCAGUGCAAACCCUUGUCCGAACAAGAGGUUAGGGUGUUAUGUGAAAAGGCAAAGGAGAUCCUAAUGGACGAAAGCAAUGUGCAGCCUGUGAAAAGUCCUGUAACAAUCUGUGGUGAUAUUCAUGGGCAAUUCCAUGAUCUUGCAGAGCUUUUUCGAAUCGGAGGGAAGUGCCCCGAUACAAAUUACUUGUUCAUGGGAGAUUAUGUUGACCGUGGUUAUUACUCAGUUGAAACAGUGACGCUAUUGGUGGCCCUGAAAGUGCGAUAUCCACAACGAAUAACUAUAUUAAGAGGAAACCAUGAGAGUCGGCAGAUCACUCAAGUUUACGGCUUUUAUGAUGAAUGCCUAAGAAAAUAUGGUAAUGCUAGUGUGUGGAAGAUCUUUACGGAUCUAUUCGACUAUCUUCCGUUGACUGCAUUGGUGGAGUCUGAGAUUUUCUGUCUUCAUGGUGGAUUGUCGCCUUCGAUUGAAACUCUUGAUAACAUACGGAAUUUUGAUCGGGUUCAAGAAGUUCCCCACGAGGGGCCCAUGUGUGAUCUUUUAUGGUCUGAUCCUGAUGAUCGUUGUGGUUGGGGUAUCUCACCCCGGGGUGCUGGUUAUACGUUCGGCCAAGAUAUAUCUGAACAAUUUAAUCAUACCAACAGCUUAAAGCUGAUUGCCAGAGCACACCAGCUGGUUAUGGAGGGAUUCAAUUGGGGUCAUGAACAAAAGGUUGUGACAAUCUUUAGCGCGCCUAAUUAUUGUUACCGAUGUGGGAAUAUGGCUUCGGUUCUUGAAGUAGAUGAUUGCAAAGGUCACACUUUCAUUCAGUUUGAACCAGCCCCAAGGAGAGGAGAGCCAGAUGUAACCCGUAGGACACCAGAUUACUUUCUAUGAUGCAGCAGUGGCAGUUGUAUUUGGAUCAACAGCAUGUAUGUAACAUUGGGUAACCGGGAAGUAAGCAGUGACGAUGGUGUUGUCUCGUGUCGCUUAUCUUCUACUUCAUUUUUACACGAUCGUUAGACAAAACACAUCUUAAUAUAUGUCGUCUUUUAAUGGGUUCCAUGUUUCUUUUCGUUC